CCAGUGAUUGAACAUGGCGGAGCACAGUGCCGGAGCGUCCCCGAACCAAAGGGGACGAGCGGACGGGGCGGAUGCGGGCCCCUCGGAGAAGCGGCUGUGGGAAACGACGACGGAUAAUCAGGAGCAGUUCGAGUGCCAGGAGCUGCUCGAGUGCCAGGUUGAGAUGGAGGCCCCCGAGAAAGAGAAAGAUGUGGGCCUGGUGGCGGAGGCCGAGGCAGUAGCUGCCGGCUGGAUGCUGGAUUUCCUGUGCCUCUCUCUCUGCCGGGCCUUCUGUGACGGCCGCUCCGAGGACUUCCACCGGACCCGCGACAGCGCCGAGGCUAUUAUUCAUGGAUUAUCCAGUCUAACAGCUUAUCAGUUGAGAACUAUAUACAUAUGUCAGUUUUUGACAAGAAUUGCAGCAGGAAAAGCCCUUGAUGCACAGUUUGAAACUGAUGAACGAAUUACACCCUUGGAAUCAGCCCUGGUGAUUUGGGAUUUAAUUGAAAAGGAACAUGACAAACUUCAUGAAGAAAUACAGAAUUUAAUUAAAAUUCAGGCUAUAGCUGUUUGUAUGGAAAGUGGCAACUUUAAGGAAGCAGAAGAAGUCUUUGAAAGAAUAUUUGCUGACUCACAUUCUAAUACGUCUUUACAAAGGAAAUUGCUUAUGAUAAUCUCUCAGAAAGAUACAUUUCAUUCCUUUUUCCAACACUUCAGCUACAACCACAUGAUGGAGAAAAUUAAGACUUUUGUGAAUUAUGUGCUUGAUGAAAAAUCAUCAACAUUUCUAAUGAAGGCAGCAGCAAAAGUAGUAGAAAGUAAAAGAGCAAGAGCAACAAUAUCUCAAGAUAAGCCUAAUGGUAAUGAUGCUGACAUGGAAACUGAAGCUAAUUUGGAUGUAGCCAGAAGUGUUAAUGACAAACCGUCUGCAGUAACUGAAUCCUCACAGGAUGUAGUAUCUUACUUAAUAAGGUCUCACAAGACUCUGUUAUUUAAGUCACAACGUGGACACCAACAACAGGAUUUUAAUGAGAAAGAAGAAAGAGCAGAAACUCAUAGAAGUAGAAGACAGACAGAGAGAAGCAGACAAGCCACUGAAAGAAAGAGAAUGAAUGUUUUAAACAAUCAGCCAGAAACGUCUAAAAAUCAUCGAUCUAGAAAGAAACAGGCCUGGCUUUGGGAAGAAGACAAGAAUCUGAGAUCUGGCGUGAGAAAAUAUGGAGAGGGAAACUGGUCUAAAAUACUAUUACAUUACAAAUUCAACAAUCGAACAAGCGUUAUGUUAAAAGACAGAUGGAGGACUAUGAAGAAGCUAAAACUGAUUUGCUCAGACAGUGAUGACUGAAUGUGUAAGAACUUGAUAAAAGGACAGUUAAAUAUUCUGAUCAUCACGGUUUAUUUGACACUUGGUGGUCACUGAAGUAUCUUAAAAAUUUUUGUUUAAAGCAUAAUAGUUAUUUUUCUGUGACAGUUAUUUAAUUAGUGUGAGGAUUUGUUUUAUAUGAGGAAUAUGCCAUCAUUGUAUUCUUUAAGAACCUUUUUACUUGGAUUAAAUGUAAGUUUGUCAAACCCUGAUGCUUUGACUACCACUGCCCCCAAAGCCUGUGCCAAUAAAAAAAA